GUCUAAAAUAACGAAACGAAAAAAUGUACGGUAGGAGGUCAACCAAUCGCAAACAAACAAGCGAUCCGUUGUCUGUUGUACACGGGCUUAAACAACUGCAAUCAGCUGAUAUCGGACAACAAUGAACAGAAUGUCUUUUAGGAGUAACUGUACUGAAUUAAAACACAGAAAAUGGAAAUGACGACUUUAGUUGUUCCAACGUCAAACCAAACCAAGUCGAAAGUAUCAACUAACAAUAAUAUCACGACUUUAUGGUGUGUUGCAAAAAAUUGCAUGAAACGUUUUCUUGUAAAGAGACACUUCUUUCGGUUUCCAAAAGAACGUGAAAGAUGGCUAGAGUGGAUACAUGCGUGUGAAAGAUAUGAUCUUAAGCCACUGGGCCCGGAGUAUGCUUAUGACAAGUACAGACUAUGUCAUUUACAUUUUGACAAAAAGUGGUAUAAAAUGAACAAGAUUAGACCUCGUCUUCAUAAAGAUGCCAUACCUACAAUAUUUUAUGACAUAAAAAAUGAGAUUGCAUCAGAUGAGGAAAUUAUGCAUCAAACAGAGGAAGAAAGUAAAAUAGAAACAGAUACAGAAGUUGAAAACAUAACAAACAUAAAGGUUGAAGAUAACAAUUCUGAUUGUGAAAAACAUAGCACACAAGAGGAAACAAAUAGCAUAUUCAGCAGUACAUAUUCAACAACUGAACACAAUACAUGGAAGAAGAAAAAACGCAAACAAUGUGUAGAAAUAAAACAAGAAAAAGAAGUGCUACAUGAAAUGAAACGGGCAUCUAGAGAAAAUGAUUUAAAACAUGAACAGAAAAAAACCAGCUGUAACAAAACUCUACAAACACAAAAUUCUCCAUCAAUUAAGUUGUACGUCUUAAUAGGACCUCGUUAAAUGACAAUGUGUGAUA